AUGGUCUACCAUCAACCUGAUACAUGCAAAUGUAGAACGCCCUAUGCUCAGUCUCGUCUUUUCUUCAGAUGCCUUCACUUUCUUUCGGAAGAAGUACAUAAGAAAGUAUACAUCACAGAGAAUAUACCUUCAAAAGUUGCCUCAAAAGGGUAUAUUUACCGCAAGCUUCAAGAUGUUCAGUUUGUACAUGCAUUGGGCAGAAAGAAGCUUCGUUCUUUGCAAGAGCAAACCUUUGCCCAAAACAAGGCAAUUCAGGUUGAUAUGCAAGCCUUUUGGAAUUUAGUGAAAACGUCUGGUGUAGCAGGAUAUCCGGCAGAUUACAUCGACGAUAUUGACAAAGAUUGUCAGGUUUGGGCUAUUGACCCUGGUGUUUGUGAUAUUAUUACCACUGUCGAUACAUCCGGGAGACAAAGAACGACAAGCGUGAACGAAUAUUAUCAUCUUUGUGGGUUUAAUGAUCACGAGAAUAAAUACUUUCCUCCUGCCCCCGCUGACCAUACUGAGGCUCCCUUAAAAACUAUCAUUGAUUUUGGAGAUGAAGACUUGAAAACAAAAUGCAGCAAGAACAUGAUGUACAUGUUAGAUGAAUACCUGACCAGCCAAGUAUGCAAUGAAAGCAAGAAGAUAAAUUUAGAAAAUUUAGUCAACAGCAAUUUGAAGCGAAGAGUAUACACAAUAUUGCAGUGCCAAGAAACCACUUGCAAUAUUGUGUGGAAUCGCAACAUUAUGGCUACACAGAAUCUUUUAGGCAUCUUGUUUUCUGCACGAAACAACAAUCAGCGCCGUGAUGUUUUUGUGUGCCAGCCUAAAACCAACCAUGGCCAUCAAUAUUCUUCUGUAUGA